GUUGGCUUCCAAAGAACGUCCAUCUGGAUGCUUGAGGGUGCAUAAGACCCCUCCGCUUCACAAAAGCAUCCCAAGUCUGAGUUUGUUAAAUCUGUGCAGGUCCUUCCCCAACUACGCCCCCAUCUGGUUUCACCACUUCCUAGAAGUGUCCAACCUUUCUGGGACACAGAGAUCCAUUGCUAGAAAGAGAGAAACCAGAAAAGAAGGACCACCUUAUAGCAGGCAGCAUCUAGGCAGUGGGUGCUGAGAGGCUGGUUCAGCCUGUCCAGAGCCUAAGGAACUGGAAAAAGAAAAAUUUACGUUUUCUACUGGAGACUUUGCUGAAGAUGCUAGGAGUUUGGGGAAAAAAGGAAGUGCAAGCACAUUUCACAAAUCCACAAUCUGUAAGUAUCACAUCCUGUGUGGCUAUAAACUCUGGACUGAGGAAGGGCUGGUGAUUUUCAAAAGGUGAAGACCAGUAGAAAAUUCUACAGGACUGUGUGAGAACCGAGAGUCUCCUGGGAGUUUGAGAGACCUCAGCUGCAACCAACAGGCUGGUCCACGGGCACAGGGUUCGUGGCACAAUCAUGCUAUCACGGUCCAUGACCAAUGAGGCCAUUGCAGUUCUGACACCAAAUGGCAUCAGCUUCCCCCAAACAGGGGAACCUAAACCCACCAACCAGAGGCAAUACAACCUCAAGAAACAACUAAAGGCAGAGGUCAAAGUUCUUGGGGCUAUUCAGAUCCUGUGCGGGGUGAUGGUGUUGAGUUUGGGGAUCAUUUUGGUAUCUGUUCCGUCCUCUCCAUCUUUUACCCCGGUGUUUUCCACCCUUUUGAAGUCUGCUUACCCAUUCAUGGGAGGCUUGUGUUUUGUCAUUUCUGGAACUCUGUCAGUCAUCAUGGAGAAAAAGUCAACUAAGCCUUUGGUUCAGAGCAGCGUGGUUGCAAACAUUCUGAGCUCUCUAUGUGCUCUGGUGGGUUUCAUUCUCCUCUCUGUCACGUUGGAUGCUGUGGAUCCUGCCUUUCGGAAGUGUACCUUCAACAAAGAGCAAAGAAAACCUGAAUGGACUACAUUAAGCUAUUUUAUUAACCCAUAUAUGGACAAACAAUGCAUCACGGCCAAAACCACUCUGACUGUAAGGAACUCUGUCUGUGAUGCUGAUUUACACGGCGCUGGAGUUCUGCCUGGCUGCGCUCUCUGCCGUGAUUUGGUGGAAACAGGCUCACUCUGA